CGGAGAUUAGCCUGGCCUCAUCUCCUAGUCUCUGCUUGUCUCAAUCAGUCCCCUUGCUUGGUCGCCUUGGUUCUGAUCCGACUACACGCAGAGCCAGCAAUGCAGGCGACCCGGACACCCACAAUUAGCGUGAUUGCUGACUGCACCAUCCCGGCCGGCCUUCGGAUAGGACCAGUGCCGGGCCUUUUCAAGCUAGGGAAGUACGUGUCGGACCGCAAAGAAGUUGGACUUAAGAAAAAGAUUCGCUUGGUAAGAGGGGAUUUCGUGGACGAAUCGGGCAGCCCGCUUCCGGACUGGAUUGGCCUCAUCCGUGCAGCCAGAAACAGCCAAGAGCAAAAUCUUGAGGCCGUUUCAGAUUUACCUGGAGGCCAGAUUUUCUAUCGAGUGGUGAGAGAAAUCCAGACAGGAGAAGAAUUAAGUGUGUGGUACUCAAACGCACUUGCUCAGUGGUUUGAUAUUCCCACGACUGCUACUCCAACACACGACGAGAAAGGGGAGGAGCGCUACAUCUGCUGGUACUGCUGGAGAAUCUUCAAAUACCCAAACACACUCAAAGCCCACGUUCAUUUCCACUGCGCUCUGAGCAACGGCAGAGGAUUUGUAAACAACGAGCAAGCAAGGGGAUCUGAAAACCUUAGCAGGUCACCCAAAUCAGGAGACAUUCCCAACACCUCAUCCUCGCCCAGGAACUGUCACAACACCUCCAUCUCAGACUCUGUCAAGCGAAACAUGUCUUCCUCUCCCUUCCUCAACAAGGCGGGAAUAUCAAAGAAGUCUACACCGGAGGAACAGGACAGGGCUCUUGAUAUGAGCGUGGCCUCGGCCAGAAACCACAGUCAUCUCCUUGGCCUGAGCGGAACUUCUGCAGUAUUGAGCAACAUGGGGUUUCACCCUGGAGUGCGCUCAGCAUUUAAACCCAUGGGACUGUCUAAGAUUACUCCAACGGAAGUGUCUAGAGAGGAGUCCACGGGAAAACCAAACGGCAUUGGGUUCAAUAAGCUUUUGGGGGGAAUGAAGUCGACGCGUUCACUGAACGAACCGGUAUCUGGAGGUCACCCCUCCAAGUGCGUCCACCCCAUAGACUCCACGUCCCCCGUAGUGCCCUGCGCCAACACUAUUCGGGGCUUUCCCUUGCUGCCGCACUUUGAGGAGUCCUCUGCUUUCAAGCACGUGGAUGGUCGCAUGCACUCGGGGCUUUCGCCCUCGCGCUACGCUCAGAUCUCUUCUGGGUUCCAUUUUGAGCGUUUUUCCUUGCCGCAGUUUGAAGGGGUAAAACCUUACAAUGGAGACUGUAACAUCCCACUGAUGCCCUUCACCGUGUACAACGGCGAGUUGCUGUAUAGCUCACCAUACUACCCAUUUAAGUUUCACUUCAGCAAUCUCCUGAAGUACCCGGAGACAGUUUCCUACUUUGGCGCGCCGGGACUAAACCCUGAUCUGAGCUCAAUCACUAAUAUUGACAGGGAGAUAGCCAUGCACACACAACAGCUGUCUGAGAUAGCUGUGGAGAAGAACCGGGCAAGGCUCGAGUCCAUGCCAGCAGCCAACACUGGCACCGGGAAGCCCAAAAAGGGGCACUUGUGCCUGUACUGUGGUAAACUGUACUCACGGAAAUACGGUCUGAAAAUACACAUGAGGACUCACACGGGUUACAAACCGCUGAAGUGCAAAGUGUGCUUCCGUCCUUUCGGUGACCCCAGCAAUCUGAAUAAGCACAUCCGACUGCACGCCGAGGGGAACACGCCAUACAGGUGCGAGUUCUGCGGGAAGGUUUUGGUGCGCAGGAGGGAUUUGGAGCGACACGUCAAAUCAAGGCACCCUGGACAAACCAUAAAAAAAAACGAGGAUAAGAUAGAUGGCAUGUACGAAGACCCAGAGCAAAAGAGCGACAAUGACAGUGAUGUUGAUGUUUGCUUCACAGACGAUCAAAGCGACCAAGAGUCCAGCAAAAAUACUGAUUGACACUCUGCGCUCACUACCUGUCAGACAUGUUACUAGGCUUUUUGUACAUGUACAGAUUAAUGUAAAUAUAUUUAUGAGACCAAGAGAUCCAAAAAUUGCAGUGACUGAGUUUUCUAUUUCUCAAAAUGAGCCAAAUUGUAUUGUUCCAUCCUUGCAGAUUUUGAUUUAUACAACACAUUUUGAAUUAGUUCAAACGAACGCUUUAAAACUUUUGGAUCUGAAAGAAACAUCUGAACGUCUGAUACUGUCUUAUGCCCUAAUUGGAACUGCACUUUAAAACGCGAGCUAGACAUUCGAUAAAGACCUGUUGAGUUAUUAAAGAGUGGCCUAGGCCUACUCCCACAUCCACGGCAAACGAAAUAUGGAAAAUGCGUCUUUUGCCUCCAAUAGUAUAUUUCGUUAGUACAUGGCGAACUGUCGCGUUUUUUUGAACAUAAUUGCUUUUUCAAGGUUCUUAACCACAAUUUGUUCAAUUUGCACUUUGGCAUUUCCACGGCAUAUGAUUCAUCUAACGUCAUAGUCUAUUGGUAGUGUGCUGCGGGAAAUAUUUUUUACAAAUGGUCGAUGUUAAAAUAGUAUUGGUAAUGAAAUGUUUUUAAAAUAUGGGUUUAGAUGUAAAAAUGUAUAAAGUAAGUUUAUUGGCUGUUAUCUGGAACUAUGUGGUUUAUGUUAAUAAUGGAUAUUGUAUAUGAACAUUUCUUCUUGUCUAUUACAUUGUCGCUUUUUGAAUAAAAUUGAAGA